AUGAUAGUGAUUAGUGAGUCAACAAAAAUUCAAGUUCAUUUUUAUUGGCCACUGGAAUUACCAUACACAGAUAUUGUCAUGUGGACGGAGAUGCGUGAAGAAAUAGUACCACCAACAUUAACCAAUAGGACAGAACAGAAUCGUACUCAUCUGAUGCAACAUUAUGAAUAUUCAAAUUUAAAACCAAGAUCUGACUAUUACAUUUCAAAUGCCGUUGAACGGUCAUAUCGAGGUGUACCACAAUCAAGACUAGCAACAGCAUUUAGUACACGUUACCUAACAUUACCAUCAAAUGAUUCAAUGAAACAUUCGUACUAUCCAACAUUAAUAAUAUUCUUCUUCGAAUUGAAUGGUAAAGAUUUCAGUCAACUUGGGAAAACAGCACGUAUUACAACAACAGCUCGUGAAAUCGUUAGAUUUUGUUAUGGGCAGACAGCUGAUAUUAAAAGUUUAAAGUUUGGUGAAUUAAAUAUCUUACUUGGCGGUGUUGCAUAUUUACAUUCAAUUCCAUACAGUCAAGUUUGGUCAGUUCAAGAACAAAUAAAAAAUAGUUUAUCGCAGAUGAAAUAUGACAUCUCCAAGUCCCCGAAAAUAAAACGUGGACAACACCGUUUUCCUGUUUCACAAUCACAAAUAACACCUAUUCGUCGAGUAAGAGGAGCAGCAGCAACAGGAAAUAACAACAACAGUUUCACAGGUGAACAAGAUGAAAACGAAGAAGGAGAAGAAGCAGCAGUUAGUUAUCGAAACCUAGAGGAAGAAGAAGAAGAUUACAACAACAAUUUUUGGGUGGUCAACCUGAAUAUCCUUUUUUGUGAUGCAAAUAUUCCUCUCUGA